GCUCGGAGCCUCACAGACACAACGAGCCGCAACGGAUGGAGGCGAACGGCUGGGAGACGCGACAUCAGGGAAUUGUUUGGCUAUCAAAAUAGCAUCUCCAUUGGAUGUAACGAGGAAUUUGUUUUGGAAACACUGAAGCGGGCUGACGAAAACGGCCAUUUAAGCGCAAAACAGAGAAAAAAAAGUGGCUUUUCGCUUCCCCUUUUUUCCGCUCAGAUCGACUGGCUGUCAUUUAAGAAAGGGCGUGUGCGCGUGAAGGCAGUUUUAACCGUUUCAUGUGUGUGUUGUCCGUAUGCUAUUUUAGAGGUUUUUUCUUUACACCAUCUGGGUCUAAAGGACACAGUCGAGGAUGGGAUGCACACUAAGCACAGAGGACAAGGCGGCGGUGGAGCGCAGUAAAAUGAUCGACAGGAAUCUGCGGGACGACGGGGAGAAGGCGGCCAGGGAGGUCAAACUGCUGCUGCUGGGUGCCGGCGAAUCAGGGAAAAGUACAAUUGUCAAGCAAAUGAAGAUCAUCCAUGAGGCAGGCUACUCAGAAGAGGAAUGUAAGCAGUACAAAGCUGUGGUCUACAGCAACACUAUCCAGUCUAUCAUUGCCAUCAUCAGAGCCAUGGGGCGCCUCAAGAUCGACUUUGGCGAUGCUGCAAGAGCUGACGACGCACGACAGCUGUUCGUGCUGGCAGGCUCAGCAGAAGAAGGCUUCAUGACGGCAGAGCUGGCUGGUGUCAUUAAGCGGCUGUGGAAGGACGGAGGUGUUCAAGCCUGCUUCAGCCGCUCCCGUGAAUAUCAGCUCAACGACUCAGCAGCAUACUACUUAAAUGAUUUGGACAGGAUAUCCCAGGCCACCUACAUCCCAACUCAGCAGGAUGUCCUGAGGACCAGAGUCAAAACCACAGGCAUUGUGGAGACGCACUUCACAUUCAAGGACCUGCACUUCAAAAUGUUUGAUGUUGGCGGCCAGAGGUCUGAGAGGAAGAAGUGGAUCCAUUGCUUUGAGGGUGUGACCGCCAUUAUCUUCUGCGUGGCCCUCAGCGACUAUGACCUGGUGCUGGCAGAGGACGAGGAGAUGAACCGAAUGCAUGAAAGUAUGAAGCUGUUUGACAGUAUCUGCAACAACAAGUGGUUCACAGACACCUCAAUCAUCCUCUUCCUCAACAAGAAGGACCUGUUUGAGGAAAAGAUCAAAAAGAGUCCUCUUACCAUCUGCUACCCUGAAUAUGCCGGCUCCAACACGUAUGAGGAAGCAGCUGCCUACAUUCAGUGUCAGUUUGAGGACCUGAACAAGAGGAAGGACACCAAGGAGAUCUACACCCACUUCACCUGCGCCACAGACACCAAGAAUGUGCAGUUUGUGUUUGAUGCUGUCACCGAUGUCAUCAUCAAGAACAACCUGAAAGACUGUGGUCUCUUCUGAGGACAGUGACAACAAAGACAAAAACGUUUUUUCUCGGCAGUGGAGCCAGCUUGUUGAGCAUCUUUGGUGGGAAGAUGAGAAGAGUCAGGAGGAUCAGUCACGGACCAGUGCUGUACUAUAUGCCACUUUUAACAGCUUUAUUUAUGUUUUUGUCUUGGAACAUUUCAAACUAGCGUUACGACAUUUGUGUAGAAUGUUUGUAUCAUUGUAAAGCAUCACUGCAAAUGUUCACACAUUUUUAAUUUUUUUUUUUUUUCUUUUUGUUUUAUGUUUCAAAUUUUUGAGGAGGAAAUCACGUUUUCACUUUUCCUUCUACCGCUGUCUCUGGAAAAGGAAACUUCAGUGUUGGUGGAAAUGCUUCUUUUCUUCCUUCCAACAACCAAAAGGGGGAGAAGGGGUAAACUUUGAGUCCAGUUUGUUGGUACUUGUGCCUUCGCAUGCCUUUUACGCGGUCGUAGUCCCAAUGCUUGUUCUGUUGCCUGCUGAAUUGUUCUGAACAUAAGAGGUUAACUGUUUUCAUACGUUUGUGUCCAUGCUAUCUUCUAUGUGCACACCACUGAGCUAUUGGGAAGAGGAGCAUUUCCCUCUGGUCUAAAGGUACAUGGGUCUCCAUGGUGACCAACAUGUAGCCUCCACAAUCCCCCACCCCAUCGGCCAACCCUCCCACCCCACCCCCACCCACCUACUAUGACAAUGGAAGGCCUGACUGGCCAAUCACGCAGUACUGAGAUGUAUAUUGUUACAUUUACCCCUAAAACCUGGGGCUCUGUUUUUUUAACAGUGUAAAAAAUGUCCAUUCUUCCCAGUCAUUUGGAAAAUGGUUAGUCGAGGCACUGAGCCUGUUAUACGUGCAAGUGUUUAAAGUACAAAGAUCAGAGUAGGCACAUUUACUGUAUAUUUUAAUGUAUUUGGAGGAGAGUUGGGGAGAUUUUGGUGUUAAAGAGAGGAAAAUUUGGAGCCACAAAAAGAUGGUUGAGGUCUGAAAUGUUUUAAGGUUCAGACAUUGCUCUUGGAUUCCUGUAAAGCCUUUCAUCAUCAUUUGACCUUCAGGUGGAAACAGAGAUGGUCAAGGGAGCCUGGUCUGUGAUUGUAGAUCAGUACUACUUUGCCAAGAAGAGUGAUAAAUACGGUCCUGGAUCUUUUCAUGUAAAGAAACUGCCACAACUGUCAAUGUAUGUGUAUGUUCUCCACGGAAGGAGAAUAUUUGUAGACUCAUCUCCCUUAUUUUGCUAAUAAAAACCAUUUACAAACCAAA